CUAAUUAUACGGAUUGUGUUGACACGUCGGACAUGGCGCAAAAUCCCGCUCAGAUUGCGAAGGGCGCGAAGGAAAAAGGCAACGCGGCCUUCAAGUCCGGCGACUACGCCGCCGCCAUAGGCCAUUAUACUUCUGCCAUCCUUGCAGACCCGAAGGAUCCAACGUAUCCGUUGAACCGCGCCGCCGCGUAUCUCAAACUAGGCAAACAUCAGGAUGCAGAACGCGACUGUUCCACCGUGAUCUCACUAAACGCGAAAAAUCCGAACGCCAAGGCUUUGUUCCGUCGAGCACAGGCCAGGACAGAAUUGUCGAAACUCGACGAAGCGAAGCAGGAUCUUCUGGCAGCGCUCAAGAUCGAGCCUUCGAACGAUUCGAUCAAGCAGGAGCUGAAAAGGGUCGACGAUUUAAUCGCCGCGAAACAGUCUACGGCGAAGAAAGAUCUCAAUGUCGUUCCUCCUCCUCUUUCUGGCACAUCAACCACCGCGCAACCGAAGAGGCGUCGGAUACCUAUCACAGUAGUCGAAUCUGACCCGCCGGCGGCAUCAACCUCUACUCCGAAGUCAUUGGAUCUUCUCGCUCCGGAUUCGACUCGUCAAGUCCAGGGCAAUUCGGUUUCGCCUAUCUCAUCAGUACCCCCGGCGUCUACCUCGACUUCGUUCAAGCAGGCGAAGGAAGUCCGCGACAGUACGAAGCCGUCUCGCGCAGGCGGUGGCAUCUUCCGAAAGAGCGGUAACCACACGCUCGUCAGCACCGACGCCAAGAUCCGUGAGGUCAAACCCGAGCCCUAUCCAUCCACGGGUGCCUCUCCAGUGUCGAAAGCUCGCCUCGCCUCGCCGAGUACGAGCACGUCGAUUCGUUCGCCGGUGAGCCUGGCCACAUUCCAGCGGUCGUGGAGUGCGCAGAAGACGGCCGAAGACCGAUGGGCCUUGCUUUGCCAAAUUCCCCCAGCGGCGGUACCUUCAAUGUGUCAAACGUCUCUGGAACCGCCAUUGCUCGUCUCUAUCCUCAACACCUUUUCGUCCCUUCUAGACGAGCAUUGUGACCCGAAUCCCGAUCUGGUGGAUCAUGUGAGGGAAUAUAUGCUCGCUCUCAAGGAAGUACCGAGAUUCGCGAUGGUGGCGCUGUUCAUGAAUCAAAAGGAGAGCCUCACUAGAGUCGUAUGCCCUGGUGUUGCAGAGUAUUGUUUUAUCAUCUUACCCUUUCAACAUUCUUAA